AUGCAAAAGGUUGCUGAAACAGAGGAAAAAUGGCAACAGAUUCCAAAUUCAAGUUCUCGAGCUCUUCUUAUCAACAAUAAUGGGGGAAUUUCAGAGUCUUCAGCUAUGAAGCACGGAAAGAAGAAGGCAAGAAACACAUCUGAGGUCAGAAUUUCGGCUGCUCCGGCGAGUUUCAAGGCCGAUUUCGGUUUGUUUUGGCCGUAUCGGUUGCCGGCCGAUAUGGCCCGAUUCUGGCCGAAUCAGCCUGGAUGCAGAACAGGUGGGUUUAGUAGCUGGGAGGUCUUCGUUAAAGCUCUGCAGACGCGCUUUGGUGUCACUGCUUAUGAUGAUCCCAUGGAGGCUCUUAUUAGACUCAAACAAACUUCCACUGUGAUUGCUUAUAAAGUGGAUAAUUUUUUGGAUGCUGUUGAGUUACUUGUGCUGCACUUGCACUUGGAUACCUCUCAAAUAUUAGAGGUUAGAGUGGCUGAUGGCACAGUUCUUAAGACUAUAGGAAGCUAUCAUGGGGUCAAUAUCACUUUGCAAGGACAUAGUUGGGAUUUCCAGUUGUUGACUAUGAAGUUUCUACAUUUGGGAAAAAGAGUGUUCCUCAAGGGAUUGCAGCCUGCUUCCUCGACCAUUUCUGAUGCUAGCAAGCUUUUCAGUGGGUCAACCAAGAAGGGUCUAGUACUACAAAUUACUGCUGCAGCCCCUAUUCCCUCUGACCAACCUCACUUUCCACCAGUGCUGGCAGACUUGUUGAGUGAAUUCUUCAAGGUUUUUGCUGUUCCUACUAGCUUGCCACCCAUCAGAGGUCAUGAACAUAGCAUCAACCUCAAGGAAGGAACCUUGCCUGUUUGUGAAAGGCCAUACAGGUAUCCUCAUUUUCAAAAAUCUGAAAUUGAAAAGAUGGUAAAUGAGUUGCUAGAAUUAGGGUCAAUACAGCCUAGCCAAAGCCCAUUUUCUUCACCUGUUUUGCUUGUGAGGAAAGCUGAUGGAAGCUGGCGUGCCUUAGUAUUUUCUAAUUUGGACCUCAGGAUAAGUUAUCACCAGAUUAGGAAGAAGAGUAAGGAUGUUCCUAAAACUGCUUUUAGAACUCAUGAAGGGCAUUAUGAGUUUUUGGUUAUGCCCUUUGGGUUGACUAAUGCACCAUCCACCUUUCAGGCCUUAAUGAACUCUAUCUUUAGACCUUAUUUGAGGAAAUUUGUCCUAGUGUUUUUUGAUGAUAUUUUAGUUUACAGUCAGUCCAUGGAUGCUCAUCUAUAUGCCAAGCAGUCCAAGUGUGUGUUUGGCUGUACUGAGGUUGAGUAUUUGGGUCAUGUCAUAUCUGGAGAGGGUGUCAAGGCAGAUCCCAAGAAGAUUUCAGCUAUGGUUCAAUGGCCUAUACCUGAUUUUGUCAAGGCUUUGAGAGGGUUUUUAGGGCUGGCGGGCUAUUAUAGGAAAUUCAUUAAGGGGUAUGGGACCAUUGCCCAACCCUUGACUGAUCUCCUUAAAAAGGAUUCCUUCCAUUGGAGUGAUAAGGCUUUGGAAGCUUUUACAAAGUUAAAGGAGGCUGUGACUCAGCCUCCUGUGUUGGCUCUUCCAGAUUUUUCUAAGCCAUUUAUUAUUGAGUGUGAUGCUUCAGGGAAGGGUUUGGGAGCUGUGCUCAUAGGAUUGCUACACCAUCUCCAGAAAAGUGGCUUGCUAAACUCUUGGGAUAUGCCUUUGUGGUGGAAUAUAAAAAAGGGUGUGAUAAUAGGGUGGCAGAUGCCUUGUCACGAAUUUUUUGGACCUGUUUCUGAUCUGUCUACUUUUAAUUCUGAUUCCAAAGCAAGUUGCCUAAUGCUUUUGACAGUUCCUGAUCCUACUUGGUUGAAGGUGUUGAAAGAUAGUUACUCCUCGGAUGAGUUUGUCCAACAGUUCAUUGUUGCUGUCCAGGCAAGGACCCCACCUAAGGGCUUCACUUUUCAGAAUGGAUUGUUAAUUUACAAGGGCAGGUUUUACAUUGGUCCAUCUUGUCCUCUUAAGCUUCAAUUUCUGCAUCAUGUCCAUAGCAGCCCCUUAGCAGGUCAUUCUAGGUUCUUAAAGUCUUAUCAAAGGGCUAAGAGUGAUUUUUAUUGGCAAGAGAUGAAGACUGACCCCAAGAAAUUUAUCAGAGAUUGUGAUACUUGCCAGAGGAUCAAGUCUGAUACCUCUUCUCCAGCUGGACUACUUUAA